AGAAUUCACCACAGAAUGGCAUUCGUCUUGCCCGUUCCACCCAUGCAAGACCUUAAGCUCAAAUUACAGCAAUCAACCCUAGUUUCCCCAGCAAAACAAACUGAGAACCAAGCCUUUUUCUUGUCUAACAUCGACCAAUUUCUCAACUACGAUAUUCUCACUGUCCAUUUCUUCAAAGCCAACCCUGAUUUUCCUCCAGAAACUGUGGCCAAAAGGCUCAAAAUGGCACUAGAAAGAGUUCUGGUGCCCUAUGAUUUCUUGGCUGGAAGAUUAAAACUGAAUCUGCACUCGGGCCGCCUCGAGAUCGACUGCAAUUCGGCGGGAGUUGGUUUCGUGGUGGCUUCUUCAGAGUGUUCGCUUGAUGAGUUGGGUGACCUUGUUUGUCCCAACCUCGGAUUCCGGCAGCUUUCGGUUCAAACCUUGGAUAAUCUGGGACCAGAAGUUGAUCAGCUACUGUGUGUUUUCAAGGUAACAUCGUUCAAGUGUGGUGGUUUCUCCAUCGGUAUGUCUACGAAUCACGUCUUGUUUGACGGCGUAAGCGCCCAAAUCUUCAUCGAAAAUCUAGCCACCCAAGCAUUCGACGACAAGCCUUUGGCCAUUAUCCCAUGCAACGACCGCCACCUUCUUGCCGCCAGAGCUCCGCCCCACGUGGAGUUCCCACACCCCGAGUUUUUCAAACCCGAUCUCCCUGCAGGUUUGGGGCCUCCAGUGUUCGACUGCGAAAGGGAGGAAUUGGAUUAUACAGUCUUCAGCCUAACCUUAAACGCUGUCAAUUAUUUAAAGGACAAAGCAAGGGAGAGUAUCAGUUCUACCAGCACGAAGAUCACCAGCUUUAUCGUCGUGGCAGCGCUCAUAUGGCGGUGCAAAGCGUUGUCAAAUUAUACCGAGUACAACAAAGAUAGAGUUUCCACUCUGUUUAAUAUUGUGGACCUAAGAUCAAGGCUGAAUCCGUCGUUGCCAAAUUCAUACUGCGGCAACGCAGUGCUAGGUGCUUAUUCGUCGGCAACAUGUGACGAUAUUAAAAAAUGGCCAUUUUCAAAGCUGGUGGAGUUGGUGGCAGAAGAGCCAAAACGGAUGACUGAUGAGUACGCAAAAUCUACAAUAGAUUGGUUGGAGAUAAACAAAGGGCUGCCUCGUGGGGAGUAUACGGUGAGCUCAUGGCUGAGAAUGAGGUUUGGUGAAGUGGUGUAUCCAUGGGGCAAGCCUAUGCACAGUGGCCCAGUGGUGAGCUAUAGGAAAGACAUUUGCUGGAUCUUUCCCGGUGUUGAUAGAGUUAACGCCUUGGUUUCUCUGCCUGCUAAAGAGAUGGAAAGAUUUGUGGCCUGUUGUCGUGAGUUCUUCCCACAAUCCAUCAUUAAUUAGCUUAAUCCAUGUCAUGGGAACUAUUGCCUAUCUAUAUAUGUGGGUGUGCGUUUGUAGAUGGUUAUGGUUGGGAGCAGUA